GGGUCUUUGGGAAGUCACGUGGUGCCGAUCUCCGCUGCUCUGUUAUAGACGGUGGUGAGGGGCUGCUCGGUGGAGGAGACCCGGAGAGCGGCUGCUCGGUGCUAGGGGCCGCGCUCUUCUCUGGGUACUAGUCCGAUUCCACCAUCAUGAGGCGACUUCGUCUUCUCUGCGUCCUCUGCAGCAUCCUCGUUGCUCAAGCCUCGUGUAGCUUUCUUCACUGCGUCAGCAUCUCCCCCCAGUCGCCUGCUGUGGAGCUGGGCACAAACCUUACAGCCUUCUGCAUCCUGAAUCAGACCUGUCUGCAGGAGGAGUUCAAGAGCCGCAUCCCUUCCACGGUGUUAUUCUGGAAGGUCGGGACCACGGAGAUACCAGAGAGCCAGUACACACUGGUCAACGACAGCGUCUCCAGUGUCACCUUCACCCCCACCCUGGCCAUGCACAGUAGCCUCACCUGCUCCUUCAAGGCCUAUGGACAGACGGAGACCACCCUGCACGGGAUCUAUUUCUCCUUGGGCUAUCCCCCAGAGAAGCCUGAGAACCUGACCUGCAUCUGCUAUAAUGGAAAGCGCCUGACCUGCACGUGGGAGCCCGGAAGAGCCACCAUAAUGCCCACCACGUACACCCUGAAGCAAUACUGGGUGAGACCGGACCUGGUCAGUAACACUGCAAUGGUGCAAAACCUAACCUAUGACUAUCCCCAAACACAGAGACCACUAGUCUUCAGGGCAUCAGAGAAAUUGGAGAAGAGAAAGGAAUGUGUGGCUAAAGCGGGGGAGAGUUCCUGCACUUUAUAUCACCCUGACUUUAUAAUGUACAUUGACACCGCUUUCCUGGUGGAAGCCGAAAAUGAGCUCGGAAAAGCCGUAUCUCAUCACGUGUUAUUUGAUAUUAUUGACAUUGUGAAGCCAGAUUUUCCCAACAUCUUGAGCGUGUCCUCUGUGCUGCAAAAAGCGUUGAGAAUCGAGUGGAAAAAUCCAAUGGAUAAUGUGGAUCUGAAAUACAACCUCAGAUACAAGCCCAUAGACGGCACCGAGUGGAGUGAGGUACCUUCAGAAGACAUACAGAAAACUAGAAGUUCAUUCACAUUGCAAGGACUUCAGUCGUAUACGGUGUACGUCAUAAGUGUGCGCUGUAAGCCAAUCAAAGCGGGAUUCUGGAGUGACUGGAGCAAGGAGUAUACAGCCACCACCUCAGAGUCAGAACCAUCUCGAGGUCCAGAACUUUGGAGGAAGAUCAGCCAAAGUGACUCUGACGGGAAGAGGGUCGUCCAGCUGAUGUGGAAGGAUUUACAGUCUCACGCAAACGGGAUAAUUCUGGGAUACAAUGUGACUGUGAAGAGAGGUCCAGAAGUUGUCAACUCUUUCACUGUGGAGGACCGUACAUGCACCAUUACAGUCUCAGAAGACUCUUAUGAAGUUCUCCUCACUGCGUACAACAGCCAGGGCUCCUCGCAGUCCAAACUGAUUAUCCCAUCUGGCUCAGAUAAAAAAGUUGUGCAGCCGGCAGGUCUGAACUUUAAAGCUUUUCCCAAGGACGGGCGGCUCUGGGUGGAGUGGACGCCAUCGGGGCGAGUGCUGGGUUAUGUGAUUGAGUGGUGCAGUAAUUCUGAGUCUAUGGACUGUGAUGCAGAGUGGCAGAGGGAGCCGGGCGACACCACCGGGACGUUUCUCAGAGGUGACAUAAAACCUUUUGUCUAUUACCUGAUCAGACUGAAUGCACUGCAUGGAGAUGGGCAGGAGGAGAGAUCCAGCACCGUGGGGACGUAUCUACAGCAAGGAGCUCCUGACCAGGGACCUACUGUUCACGCAAAGUCGUUCGGGAAGACAUGGGUCACCCUCGUGUGGAAACCAAUCCCUCUACAUAAGCAAAAUGGCUUCAUCACAAAUUACACAAUAAAAUAUGGGGAUAACUACAGCCCACUGAAAGUUAUCACAGUUAAUGCAACUGUAACGGAGUAUACUCUGAAAUCCUUAGCGGCCAAAACCACGUACAGUGUUACUGUGACUGCCUACACCGAGCAAGGCCCGAAGGCCGGGCUCCCAUUGAGCGUCACCACGCUGCCGUUCGACAACGGGGAGGUGGAAGCCAUCGUGGUGUCCUCUUGCCUCGGCUUCCUGGUGUUCAUACUUGUUCUGUGCUUCCUAUUUUGCAAUAAGCGAGAGCAGAUUAAAAAGCACAUUUGGCCCAAUGUUCCAGAUCCUUCUAAGAGUAACAUUGCGCAGUGGUCCCCACAAACGCCCAGCCGGCACGAAUCCAAGCGGCCUCCGUUUCAGGAUGGUCCUUUCACAGACGUCAGUGUGGUGAAAAUAACGGAGGACAAGAAGGAAUCUGAAAGUGAUCAGGACCUGACGGGUGGGGAUCUGAAGAAGAACACGUCUGAGGGCCUGAGCAGCGGCAUCGGCGGCUCUUCCUGCUUAUCUUCCCCGCAGCUGAGCGGCUCUGACAGCAACAGCAUCUCCUGCGCCCAGAACACGUCCAGCACCGUGCAGUAUUCAACCGUUAUUAUGGGUGGCUACCAGGGCCAGACCCCGAUGUUCUCUAGGUCGGAGUCCACCCAGCCGCUGCUCAUUUCUGAGGAGAGACCCGAUGAGCAGCAGAUGCCCCCGGAGGAAGAGACCCCGACCCCCAGCCAGUAUUUUAAGCAGAAUUUUACUCAGGAGGACGGAGUCAGAAUUCAGGAGACGGCAAAUCACAUCCUGAAUCUCGCUGGCUUCAGUAAUGGACAUGACACCGUGGACUUUACGGAUGGACACAAUGCAAAUCCUGAUUGUCCGCCACAAGGGGACGCUCUGAGCGACGAGCAAAAAACGUAUUUACCUCAAAGUUCGAGGCAAGGAGGGUACUUACCGCAAUAGGGCGAGAGACUUGUACCUCCUCACUGUACAACCACAUAUAUAUAUAUAUACUCGCCUUAAAUCCGAUACUGCAUGAGCCACACAGCGCCAGGGACGAGUCACACAGCAGAUGGAUGAACGUGAAUAUUAUGUGGAGAACAUCACAUGUGUCAUUCCUAAAGAAAGUGUUUGUGGAAAGCUCCCUGCAUUUACAGUGUUAUCAGAGUUGUCGGCUAGGGUGGGAGGACAUUUUUUAGCUGCGCACCUGCCAGGAGUAUUGGGAUAUGACUGACGUGCUGUGACGGUUCAUGUUUCGAAAGGCUGAGACAAGUUUGCGCCAUUGUCUUAUCAUUUCAGUCUGCGCUCCUCUCUCCUCCUGUACACAGAACGGCAGAAAGGAUUUGGUCUUUGUUUCCCAAAGUGCCGUGUUGCAUUAUAUCAGCAGAGAAAUAGUUAAUCCACAUGCAUGGAGUCACUACACGUUGCAAGGGUUUGUGUUUGCCAUAUGUGCCUUGUAUAAAUGCCAUAAAUCAUC